AUGCAGAAACCUCUGAAAACAUCAUUCUCUCUGUCCAAGCUGUGGAAUGGGUCUUACCUUUUUCUGUUCCUCCAGUCCGAGCACGGCUCUCUUCCUCUUCUGAGCUCCAGCCAUUUGUCCACGUGUCACGAUAAAUCCACCAUAGUCCGAUCCAAUUCCACAAGAAACCCGGUCUACACCAGGUCCACCAUGGUCCAGCCGAGUCCAGCAUCAGGACUGAUGAGUGAAUGGCAAAGGAAGAGCAGAGAACCCAAAGGAGCACGCCGGGAGAGACCUGGAGGGGGCGCUACUGAAGAGGAGAGGAGCCAUGACCCUGCUGCUGAUCCUGCUGCUGAUGCCGCUGCUCAUGCCGCUGCUGCUGCCGCUGCUGGUGCCUUCAACACAGACCUGGACAAAGCACAAAACAGGUUUGGACAAGUCUUAGUCUUGGUUCUGUUUCAAAACUACCAGAACCCAAAACAGGAAAGCAUGUAA